AUGACUCAAUUUGUGUUGACCAAAACCCUCAAGAAGGUUUUGGAAGCUUCUGUACCCCCUGAGGAGCUUGUGGAGCUAUUGAAAAACAACGAUGGGUACCUUCUGCAUAAGGAUUUGAUUCGCUUUUAUCACAAAUUCAAACCAACUCUGAGCUUAUUGGACCUCAUCAAGCUUUCCCAAAUCCACUUACCAAAUAAGAAUGUGGUAGAGUCCAAGCCCAAAACAAAGGAGUAUCUCCAAUUGAUGGAACGAUUACGCUUGAAUGCCAAAGAAACCGAAUACAGAAAGCUUGUGACGGCCAGAGCAGAUUAUGAUACCUUAUAUGAAGACAAGUCUCAUGAGGUUCAAACUCCAGCACAAAUGAACAAGGAAAUCAAAAACUAUUUGACUACAAUUGUCAACAUUUUAAUCAGUGUCGCCAGUGUGGUAUAUGCCAUUUGGUACUGGACAGCAAGUUCUUGGGCACUUCCUGAUAGCUAUCGGGUGUUGAUGUGUCUUUUCUUUGGGUUGCUCGUGUUGGUAGCCGAAGUGGUUGUAUAUUUGGGAUACUUAAACAAAAUUGAUACUGCUAGGACGGUAGAAAGGAAGAAAAAGGAAGUGAAAAAGGUGUUGAAGACGCUUUGA